AUGUCUCUGCAGAGCGCUCGCACUCUGCCAUGUCUUGGUGUUCAGACUGAGAGCGAGGCUGCAGAUGACAGUGAGACGCUCAUGGACUCCACCACAGCUACGGCAGAGCUCGGCUGGACGGUCUACCCGGUGUCUGGCUCGAGUGAAAACAGCUGGGAGGAGGUGAGCGGUUAUGAUGAAAACAUGAACACCAUCAGGACGUACCAGGUCUGUAAUGUUUUCGACAGCAAUCAGAACAACUGGGUACGGACAAAAUACAUCCGGCGUCGUGGAGCGCAGAGGAUCCACGUAGAAAUGAAAUUCUCUGUGAGGGACUGCAGUAGCAUUCCCAAUGUCCCAGGCUCCUGUAAAGAAACUUUUAACCUAUACUACUAUGAGUCAGAUUCUGACACAGCCACCAGAACCUCUCCACCAUGGAUGGAAAACCCAUGGAUUAAGGUUGACACCAUUGCAGCAGAUGAGAGCUUCUCCCAGGUGGACCUUGGGGGCAGAGUGAUGAAGAUCAACACGGAAGUGCGAAGCUUUGGCCCCGUGUCAAAAAACGGCUUCUACUUGGCCUUUCAGGACUAUGGUGGCUGCAUGUCUCUCAUCGCAGUUCGGGUCUUCUACCGGAAGUGUCCUCGAAUCAUCACUAAUGGGGCGUUGUUCCAGGAGACGCUAUCAGGAGCAGAGAGCACUUCGCUGGUAGCUGCAAGGGGUGUUUGCAUUCCCAACGCUGAGGAGGUGGAUGUGCCUAUUAAGCUUUACUGCAAUGGGGACGGAGAAUGGAUGGUACCCAUCGGACGCUGCAUGUGCAAAGCUGGGAACGAGGCUGUGGAAAAUGGAACUGUUUGUCGAGGUAUCCCUGUUCAUAACGCCAGGAUGCUUAUUGAGGAGGACUGA